AUGUCAAGUGGUGAUAACCGCAGUUCGCAAAAGCACCUAAAACCCAUCAUUUAUCAUAAUGGCAUUUUUCAUUAUAUUGAAAACAAUUCACCAUCUAGAAUUGAUGAUAACACGAAAUACUCGUUAUUUCACAUUUAUAAUUUGAACAGAUCAUUCGAGGAACUUAAAAGUGAAAUCAUUGAAGCGGUCGGUGGUAACGUGACUGUUACCUUGGAGGAUGAGCUAUCCGUACCUCCAAUAGUUGACCCAGAUAACCUUUCGAGCUCAUCGUCUAAUAUGGAGGAUUCCUAUGUCACCGUAGGCGGGACUCAUAAGAAGGUCAAUAUCACCUUUAAGAACCAUCGUCACCGAGAUGUGGUAGAAAACAUUAGAUCUUCGGAUGCUCUCAAAUCAUUCACCGAAAAUGGAUUCGCCGACUGGAUUCCACUUGAUCUUGCCACGUAUAACAACAUCGAAAGAUCGUCAAAGUGCGAUCACCAAGAUCAUGGAUUAAAUUUUAGAUCCUUUAGUGAUGAAAUUGAUGAAAAUGUGUUGUACACCAUUGUUGAUGAAUUGAUCAACAAUAAUGAAGAGUCAGCUUUGAAGAAAUUGUUUCCCGGAAGUACCAUCCAAAUCCAUCGUGAGAUCCGUAAGAUCAAAAUGAAAGUCUUCUUUGUGGAGAUUCGAUACCCCUUUGAAUAUGAAUUUGGAAAGUUGGUUGUAGAAGUUUUAAAUGCUAUUAUUCAUGAUCGAAGAAUCAAUGCGGAUAAUGAAGCGGUUCACCACUCCUUUUUUAAGAGCGUCCUGUACCUCACGUUCCUUAUCGGUCAUAUGCUGUUUAUCAAUGAGUUAUAUGAAGAAUUAAA